AGAAUUUCCUGACUUGUGUACUCAUAUGAAACGAUUCCUCUGGGCGCUAUUUUCUUCAAAGACGAAUUCGCUAACGGUGAUCCUACUAUGCCCCGAGUUAGGCGCUUGAUUGGCGAACAAUGAAGAGAACAAUGGCUUGGUGUACUCGUCCUCGUUACGGUGCUUUUAUAUCUCGCUUGUUCGUUCUGACACUUACAAGCAUCCUGUAACCGAAACAUGGAGGGCGUUGUUGUACUUUUGACAUGCAUGGUGUCUACUCUGGCGUCUUUCACCGCGACGACGUUGGACAGCCGAAGAUAUAAAAGGAUCGAACCUUUCUGCUGGGCAGAUUUGCUUAUAGGCGUCCCAAAAUUCACGGUCUUUACGAACUCGGACGAACGUGCCCUCCUCAGCUUUCUCCAUCACGUGUUAGCACCCUCGACCUACGUUCCACCUGCUAGCUAAAGCGACAAGGACAGAGCCAUCACAACCAUGAUCACUGGCCUUACCAAAUUCAUCAACCUCUACCUUGCACCCGUCCUCUCGCUCACUUCCGUUGCUCUCAUCAUCCUCGCCUACUUCGCUCCCUCCCUCGUUUUCCCAGCGAAAGUGGCGCUUCUGACAGUAAUCCCUUCAACAUCCCUUACGCAGCCUACUGACACCAGUGGGGUCGACGCCGACGGCCCGAGCGUGUUCCUCGGCGCGCUUGGCUCAUGCUCACGCCCAAACGAUGGUGCAGCCGUGACCUGCCAGCCGGCAACAGUCUCACCUCAAUAUGAUCUGUCAGUUCUGCCAUCCUCGGCGCCCAUGCUGCUCAAUGCUCCCACCGCUACCACACCCGUUUUCAUUGCUAUCGCCUUAGGCUUCGCUAUCAUAUUCUUCUUCCUCUUCACACUCACCGCGUUCCGCAACCAGCUCGGUGAAAAGCUCAGCGGCACGAUGGAUAAGCCCGAGGUACAGCGCGCAACUGCAUGGAUCGGACUUCUCGGAUUCAUGAUUGGCUUCACGAGUUUCCUGGUUAUCAGGAUGUGGUUCGGCAAGGCUGUCGAGGAUUUCAAUGACGCAAUUUUGCAGGGUGGGCAGAGCGCGCCUGCUUUGGUUGCCGCGACGAGCAACGGGUUUGUCAUGGUAUAUGUUGCGUAUGCAUUUUACGCUGUUCCCCUCGUGUCUUCGCUCUCGAAGCUGCACGUUAUGUCAGGCAAAGCAUAGUGGCCAGCGGUUGUUUCGUGACUGCUCAUCGGACAUCGAACAUCAGACAAUAGUACUAUACCCUAGACGUCAUAGCAUUGUUUGUAGUAGCCAUCGUCUCAUUGACACCGUAGCACUGCUACCUUCGAUAAUAAUACAAACACUCGAUCAUUUGUGGC